ACAACCGGCCUUCACCGAUCUCGUCGUGCAGAGGUUUCACGUCGAGCCUCGAGGCAAAACAAUCGCUAUCGGUUAAUUAAAAUAUAAAAGGCCUUGAGAACUUUUUAAAGGAGCUAUUUAAGGCGGCCCCUGCACCGCCCGUGUCUCCGCCCGGGCCGUUUGUGUUUCUUAUGAGGACUUUUUCAGACUUGACUACAAGAGUAUAAGCUAAAUAGUCUUGAUCAAGGAAAAAGGGAAGCUCUUGUAGAAUAUUUUAGUUUUUCUGUCAGUGGGUAGGUUUUCCUUUCUUACUUUUCUUUCCUCUUUUUUUUUUUUUUUAGCCAUGUGACCAUAUAUGAUGACUCUAUUUUCAAUAUGAGAAAAGACACAAUUUAAAGAAAAAUCUGUAAGAACUAAUGUAAAAUUAUUAUUAUUAUUAUUAUUAUUAUUGGUGUUGUUGUUGUUGUUGCUGCUGCUGUUGUUACCGAUUAGGACAGAGAAGGAGACGCAUGUAGUAACAGAUGGGAGGGAAAAUAGUUGCUUAAUUAAACUGCAGAGUCAAUCUCGGCGUCCCAGCGUCUGCACGGUCACUGUCUGCACUUUAAUAAUAUCAGGGAGUCGCUUUGGUUACAGUUACAGCUGAGUAGAAAAAAAAACAUCCAAAACAAGACUGAUUAGGGCUUAUCUCUGCUGUGGGUUGCAGCCCCCCUCUCCCUGUGUGUUGGCUGGUUUGUUUUGAAUGGCAGGAAAUCUGACAGACAGAAUAAUUCUCCUCUCCUUCUUUAGUUUUCCCCUCCUCUCUCCUUUAUUUCCUUCUUUGCUCCUCUUCAGGCAGUGGCCACAAGCUUUGGCUUCUGCUCUCUCUCCCUCUCUCUCUCCUUUUUUUUUUAAGUCUUAUACGUCUAUUACUUCCCGGUUGGCCUAAGGGCAAGACAGCUAUAGAUUGCGUCUUUCUGUAUAUUUAAAGUCAUUAUAGCUUGGAUUUUGAUUCAUGCGGCUCUAUACACCUGUUACUGUUUUAUGCUUUGUUAUCCUAUAAAAGGUGCAACCUGCUUUAAAAUUAGAGAAGGGAAAGAAGAGCUUUCACCUGAUUACAGCGUCGAUUUUUCCCCCCAAUAAGCUUUUCAUAUAAUUGUUUAAAAAAAAAAAAACAUCUUCUGCCAUCUUACUUUACAAAACCAUCACGGCUCCGUGCAGCUGGGCAGGACCACCCCGAGGGCGCCUGCUCAGGUGAGUUACAGCACGAGGAGAAAGGCAGAAAGAGAGAGAGAGGGGAAAGGGGAGAGAGAGGGGUCACGAGGCUGACCGACUGACCGAAAAAGACAUAAUAAUAACAAUAAUAACAACAAUAAUAAUAAUAAUAAUAAUAAUAAUAAUAAUGAUAAUAAUAAUAAUAAUGUACAUUCACGCACCAAACAUUUAUACAGUGCUAAUAUCAGAUAUGAAAAACGUUGGUUUGUUAUCACAAAGCAGACCCCCCUCCCCCAAAAGAAAGAAAAGAAAAGAUAUGGAAUGGGAAUGAGACCCUUCAAAGGCAGUUUUUCAUGCAAAAGCAAAAACAAAACAAAAAAAUAAAUAAAUGUAAAUAAUGAUAAUCAUAAUAAUAAUAACUAGACCUCCUCCUUCGGUUUAAUUCGGUCCUUAAGCACGUGAAAGUAAAUAACUAAAGCGAUAAUUAGCAAUAAUGGAAAAUAUUUUAAAUUGGUAUAUACAUUCAUAAAGUCUGUGAGAGCUUAUUUCUCUCUGUGUGCAUGAAAUAAAUCUGCACUGAAACCCGCAUUUAAAUUGUGCGAUAAAAACAGCAUGACAGCAGCAAACAUAGUAAUUCAUCUAAAAACAUUUGAUGCAUGCAGAAAACGCCGAAAACCUGCCGUUUCAUAAUUAACCCCCCCUCUUAAAGCUCGAUAAAUUCAUUACAAGUUUGCUGCAGGAACAGAAGAAAAUCUCAUAUAUAUUUUUUCUACGUCCAUUCCGUUCUUAAAUCAAAAUUAGCUUUAAAAUAUGUCAAAGCAAACUUACAUUUCUGUUGAAAAAUCCGCACAUUUUUGUUUGUAAAACGACUUAGCCGAUGUGGAUAAAAAAAUGAUAAUAUUAAAAAUAAUAAGAAUAAUAAUAACCCGACGAAACCGAGCAGAAGACCUCGUGAAAACACAAACGGGUCAAAAAGGAAAAUGUCCACAAAAAGCGUAGAAAAUGUUGAAAGAAGCACUUGGUUCCUUAUUAAGGCGAAGAUACAAUAUUUAUUCCGUGUCUCCUGGGAUGCUCCGCUCCGUCUAUUGUCCUCCCAUUCCUCAGUGCUGAUGCUUAAUUUUCAAAACUUCUAUAUUACCAAGGGACCUACGACAUCAGCCGAGAAAUACCCUGCAAGUACAAAAUCCGUGAGCCAGCCCCGUCCGUGCAGAGGGGAGACGCUCGCGUUCCGCCAGCUUUCUACCGUUACCGAGAGCGCGCGAGGGGGGACUUUUCCAUUUCUCUCGCUUUUUGGGGAUUUUAAGGCAUUUUUAUUAUUAUUCGAUCCGGCCAGAAAGGAGAGGAAAAAAAUACGGGUUACUUUGGAGAAAGCACAAUGUCAGCGACCUUCCCCGGACUUGUCCACGACGCAGAGAUACGUCACGACGGAUCAAACAGCUACCGGCUCAUGCAGCUCGGCUGCCUGGAGUCCGUGGCCAACUCCUCGGUCGCCUACUCCUCCUCCUCCCCGCUCACCUACCCGGCACCGGCGGGGACGGAGUUCGCCUCACCCUAUUUCUCGGCCAACCACCAGUACACGCCCCUCCACCACCAGUCUUUCCACUACGAGUUCCAGCAUUCCCACCCGGCCGUGGCCCCGGAGGCCUACGGCCUGAACUCGCUGCACUCGGGCCAGUACUACCAGCAGAUCCACCACGGAGAGCCCGCCGACUUCAUCAACCUGCACAACGCGCGCUCGGCCCUCAAGUCCUCGUGCCUGGACGAGCAGCAGCGGCGCGAGCUGGGCUGCCUCGACGCUUACCGGCGCCAUGACCUGUCGCUGAUGACGUCACACGGCUCACAGGCCUACGGCGUCGGUAUGCACCACCCGGACCAGAGGCUGCUGCCCGCCGCUGGCCUGGGCCUCCCUCCGCCCGCGGCGGACGACCUGCAGGGCUCCGUGGAAGCGCAGUGUGGGCUCGUGCUGAACGGCCAAGGGGGCGUCAUCCGGAGAGGGGGAACAUGUGUGGUGAAUCCUACAGAUUUGUUCUGCUCGGUACCGGGUCGGCUUUCGCUGCUCAGUUCCACCUCAAAGUACAAAGUCACCAUCGCUGAGGUGAAAAGAAGACUGUCCCCGCCAGAGUGCCUCAAUGCUUCCCUACUGGGCGGCAUACUGCGUAGAGCAAAGUCUAAGAAUGGAGGCCGGUGUCUUCGUGAGAAAUUAGACCGUUUAGGGCUCAACCUACCAGCAGGACGGAGGAAAGCCGCCAACGUAACGCUGCUCACCUCCCUGGUGGAAGGUGAGGCGCUCCACCUGGCGAGGGACUUUGGCUACACCUGUGAGACAGAGUUUCCCAGUAAGGCAGUGGGUGAACAUUUGGCGAGGCAGCACAGUGAGCCGAAAGAAACCAGCGCGCGCAAGAAGAUGGUCCUGGCUACAAAGCAAAUCUGUAAGGAGUUCCAGGACUUAUUGAGCCAAGAUCGCUCUCCUCUGGGCUCCUCCAGACCAACACCAAUCUUGGACCUGGACAUCCAGAGACACCUCACACACUUCAGUCUGAUCACUCACGGGUUUGGCACGCCGGCGGUCUGUGCAGCUCUCAGCACCUUCCAGACAGUGCUGAGCGAGAUGCUCAACUACCUGGACAAAACCUCGAGUGGGAAAACGAGCGGAGCCGGCGACCAACAGAUCAACAACAGCUCAGAAAAGACGCAGCUCCGGAAAACAGCCGAGCCCCAGAGCAAAGACGGGAAAACAGAAAAGACUGAGUAGCCCCCACCCACCCGGUCCCCGUGCCUUGGAGCGCUGCAUUUAGAAGUGUGCGUGUGUGAGUGUGUGUGAACGUGUGCACUCUGAAAGGGGAUGUUAUUUCCCAUGCAUUGCUGUAUCUUCUUUGGGACAAUUCCUAUUUAUUGUUAUUUAUUUAUCUUAUGUUGAAAUGUAACACUAACUGAACUGUCCCAAGCAAGACAUCCUGAUGUGUGAGCGAAAACAACACAUCCAGUGUAAAUGUGUGUGCGCGUGCGUGGGUAUGUGUGUGUGUCGUGACAGAGAGGAGCCUUGCCAUGGAGAUGGCUGUGACUCAUCUAGUACUUUAUUUCUUUAUUUAUUAAUUCUCAAAACAGGAAGUAAACAACACAGUUUCCCAGGACAGGUUAGAGGGGUACAUAUUACACACACACACUCAGGGUUUGUGGGGAUGUAAUCUAAAUCCAGUUAAUUCAGGUGUGGAUACUCUGCAAAAGUACAAAACCUGGAGCUGUUUUUUUCCCUCUGAAGAAUCAUUUAAUGUGUUUUUAUUUAAACAAUAAGAGAUAUCAAACACACAAGUCACAGUUUUGCUUUUUGUGCAAUUUCCAUCUGACUGAAAUAAAAUAAUUUAAUCUCCCAGACAUCCUUAACAACAGAAAACUGAAUGCAGCUUUGACCCAAACCCUGACGCACACAUACAGACGGUCUUUAACACUACACACACACACACAGCCACACCCCCUUCACCUGUAUGAGCACUUGAACAAUGCCAAGCAGACAUAUUUUUUUCAUUUUUACACCGUACAAUCAGUGCCAUAACAGCCUGUAUGUUUACCAUGCGGAUGAAAGACUAAGCGAGCGUUUCUGGAUGUGACACUGAUGGAAGCCACUGCCUGGGGUAGGCUUCACUGUGGUGUGCGUGAGUGUGAAUGUGAUAAAGAGAGUGAAAGCGAGAGAGACGGAUCCAACUCAGCCAUUUUGUAAAAGGUGACUCUGCAGUUGCCAGCAUUACUCUUCCCUGUGCAUGUCUAUCUUUGUACACUCCCCAGAUCGCAAGUUUAGCCGACACGAGCUCUCUGACUCGCUCAUGAACAUUUGUAAAGAUAUAUAUAAAUAUUUAAAUUACUUUUCUUGUAGGCUUUCAACGAUAUAUAUGUUAAAUCCCUACCUUCUAAAAUGCUGGUGUUCAAUAAAGACAGUUGCUACGUGUU